AUGAUCUACGCCAGAGCUUUAACUGAAGUUUUUCAAAACAACGAGGAUCCUAGAAAUGGUACCGCCAUAUUGGAUAGGAUUGUCAACAGAUCUUAUCAUUCCAUACAAGGCUAUGACGUAUUUAUAGAUGGUAAUGGAGACGCUGAGGGUAAUUUCACAGUGGUAGCCCUUCUCGACGAUAAAGAAAUGAAUGGCACCCUACGAAUGAGUAUGCAGCCUGUCGGAUAUUUCCAGUACAAUUCUAAUGGAAGCAUCAAAGCUAUAGCAUUGCCAGAAUUCAGAUAUUUCAACUCGGCCAGACCGAUCCAGUGGGUAGGAGGAAAACGGCCUAGAGCAGAACCCAAAUGUGGAUUCUAUGGACAGAAAGUAUGCAGACACAGCGUCUUCCAUGCACCGACCAGCAGCAUUGUAGAUGUCUCUGAACAAUCUCCCAAGCGUGCUUAUACGACUAUAGGGCUCUACAAAGGGAACAUCGUCGCUAUAAAGUAUUUGCACAAACGUUCGGUGGAUUUGACAAGGUCUAUAAGGAAGGAAUUGAAACAGGGUAAAGGUGAAAUGAGAACGUAUUGGUUAGCAGGAGAUGAUCCAGCUCAACGAAUGGCAAGAAUCAGAGAAGAACUCGUUGGAUCUAAUUUAUUCAACAGUAUAAGUUCAGAAAUCAAUACAAGAUUCAGGCUGAUAGCUGAAGAUCUGUUGAACAAAGCAUACAAGAAAAUAGAACAGCAACUGGAAACUCUCGUGAAAACAACAGAAGUAUCUUUGAGUUGCAACAUCGACGACAUGGAAAUCAGAUGUUUAUUGAAACUAUUGAAUUUUCUAGAGAUUUUAAAAAUGCAGGCCCUGCCACCAGAAGUAAUCAAAAUCAUUCAGAUGACGAAAAGUUUUUGUGUUCAUUUUGAUAAAAUUAAUGAAGAACCUCUAGGCGAUAGCUUGGUGGCCAGUGGUUGUAAGAUCGUGGACAUAGUGAAAUGUUCGAAGUUCAGUCAAGAACUGUUAUCCACAGAGAACAGCUCGAAGGAUUAUUUCAGAGCAGAAUACAGCUUCUACUUUCGUAACACCUGGUUCGUGGCUCUGCCUAUUCAUGGCACCAGAGAGAUGGACUUGAGUCAGAAGCAGCGCAUGAUGCACAUGCGUCUGCGCAGGAUCAUCUUAGCGCAUAACGACAUGUACACGCAGCAGGCCCAAUACGAGAGGGAAUUGCUGUUGAGGCGCGAUCCAGAUGUCAGAAUCAAGAGGCCCGGGAAUAAUGUCUACACAGGAUACGGAGAUGUUGGAAAUGUGUUCUUCUAUUACGGGGUGCUUACAAUCAGAAAUUCAACAGCGAUGAAGAUAACGAUGAAGACGAAGAGGACGAAGAAAAUAUAG